UAUAAAACUGAUGAUUUUUGAUUUGCGAAUAUAAAUAGUAAUUGUAUAAAUCACAUGAUGGGAAUUUUCACGUAGACGCAGUCUUUAAUAUUCUUGAGAUUUCGAUCAAUUUAAUAAAAACAUAGUUAUAGCUCGAGAUGACAGAUUACACCGAUUUCGACAACGACGAUGAAUUUUUAUAUGGUGGGAUCGACGAGCAAACUGUUGAACCACAAACAGCAAUAGAGGACGACGACUUCUUUGAUAUGUAUGGUGGCGGGACGAAUCAUGAUAUCAGCAAUGCCAAUGAAGCCUCUAAAGAUAUAAAACAUGUAGAAGUAGACUCAAUAAGACCGGGGCAGGACCAUGAUAUUUACUACCCUCCGAUAAUUGAAGACUUUGAAGAAAAUUAUAACAUCCAUGAUGAUCAAAAAACUCAGAGUACAUACGAUGUUCAUGAUAAACAAGAUGUCCAUAAUACACAAAAUAUUCCCGAUAUUGAAAGCACGCAAGCUAGUCAGGAUAUUCAAGAAAUGCAAGUUAACCAAAAUAGCCAGAGCGAUAAGAAUAACCAGAAUAACCAGAAUAACCAGGAUGACCAGGAUGACCAGGAUAAUCAUGACAUCCAGGAAGAUCAAGAUAUAGAUCCAUUAGAGUUGUCAGCAGAAAAUGGAAAUUUAGUGGAUUCAUCAGAAGAACAAGAGCAAAUAGUUAAAGAGAAGAUGGAGGAGGAUGAAGAAGAAGAGGAGGAGGAGGAGGAGGAAGAUAGUGAUGAAUCUGUAAUUACAAUUUAUAAUGCACAUUUUUAUAUAUUAUGAACUAAGUUUAAUAAGUUUAAUUUUUUGUAAAGGAUGAUAUUGAAAUUAUAAUGGAUGCUCCGCCGAAACCGACAGACAACGCUGCAAGAAAUUCUCUUAUUAUAA